AUGCCCGUGGCUCGGAGGGGAAGUGUCGACUCAAAGAUACUAUAAAGCUGCUUCCCAGUCUGCUGAAAUAGACCAGUGCGUAGCGGGGGUGAACCUGUUGUGGCGGCGAUGGGACGCGCGCGGAGGAAUGGCAGCGCGUGCGGGAAUCUGGGCUGACGCGCAUCCCGUCGCAGGCAGGACCGGAGCCGUGGGCUCGGCAGAACUAUGUGACAGCUGGCGCCUCUUCUCCCGUCGGGGGCAUUUUUGUCAUUCGGGUUUUGAAUCUGGGAAUGGAUCCCGUCAAAUGGGUGCUGAAGUUGACCCGACGGUGUCCGUUGGACGUCGCGGCGCUCCGCGUCCAACUCGACUAGACUUCGGUGCCGGUGGGAAAUGCUCGGGACGGAGGAAUGAUUCGCAGCGGUAGAGGGGAGACGGGAUAACGGAAUUACCUCAGUGACCGAAGGACUGCGUGAGGUGCACUGUGAACCCCCCCAAAGCGAAGCACUGGACACUUUCCAGUGGACUGUCUCAUAGGUAGACUCAUUUUUGCAUGUGUGUGUGUCUUUUUUAUAGCUAAUGCAUCACAAUUCAUCCAACUACACCGCGCGGACCCUUAAUCCUCGUAUGUCAACUGACGUAAACCAUUACAAAAUGUUAAUGGCACUUUUUUCUAUUAUUAUUGUAAUGAACAGAAGCCAUUGCGGAUUAAAGUGCUCAGCGUGAGUCUCACAUCUGAGCUGCCGUUUGUCGUUUAUGUCCGGCUUAGCAUUUGUCAAAUAUGCUCUGUCACCAGCUGGACAUUAGAUCAUAGUUGAGGGAUCAUCAAACAGUCAAACCAAGAAUCCCACAAAAGAGAAGGCGACACCGACGUGUAACGUUAGAUUCCGUUAAUUAUUCAGCUUUCUGGUCAACCGGAGCCCACACGCGCUCCCGGCGGAGGGUGCGCGUUGCGAAGCACGUGCUGAGUCGCUGAUAAAACACACUUAGGAGGAAAUGACACGAGAGCGUCGACGCACGGCGAAGGAAGGCUGCAGGCCCCAGCGGCGCCUGUUCGGUGAAGUUGUGUUUACGCACCGGAAAACAUGCGCUCUGCAGAAUGGAGGAUUUUCUAGAUCUGUGGUCGUCGACUUUGUUUUUUAUUAGCUAUGGAUCAAAGACGCGUGGAUUUCUAAGAGACAGACUGUUAUAAUUAAACACUUUUUUAUUUCGCUAAGCAUUUUUUUUUGGAGGGUGAGGGCCACGAUGUGGAUCCAGCCGUGGUGAUAUUCUUGCUGUUUCCAUGCGUCUCUCCUCUCCAGACCUCUGGACGUUGUUGUGGAUUGAGUGCGAUGGGCUGCAUCCAGAGUAUCAGGUGUAAGCCCAAGAGUUUCCGAGACAGUAUCAUCGUCCUGGAGGUGAAAACGUGCAUCGAUUCGAACCCCACCAGCAUCGACGAGUCGUCCAGCGUGGUCCUGCGCUACCGGACGCCGCACUUCCGCGCACACGCGCACGUCCUGGUACCGCCGGUGGCCGGUCAGGAGACCUGGACCAUCGGCUGGAUUCAGGCGUGUAAUCACAUGGAGUUCUUCAACACCUACGGCAACAAAGGGAUGUCCAGCUGGGAGCUGCCCGACCUGCGCGACGGCAAGAUCCAGGCCAUCAGCGACUCGGACGGCGUGAACUACCCCUGGUACGGCAACACCACGGAGACCUGCACCGUCGUGGGCCCCACCAAGAAGGACAGCAGGUUCACCGUCAGCAUGAACGACAACUUCUACCCCAGCGUGACCUGGGGCGUGCCGGUCAGCGACAGCAACGUGCCUCAGCUCAGCGGCAUCCGCCGCGACCAGAGCUUCACCACGUGGCUGGUGGCCGUCAACCGGGCCACGGCGGAGACGCUGGUGCUGCAGACCAUCCGCUGGAGGAUGCGGCUGCGCAUCAGGGUGGACCCCGACCGGCCCCUGGGCCGCAGGGCCGUGCUGGAGGAGCCCGUGAGCCAGGAGCAGCCCCAGAUCCUGGGCAAGAACGAGUCCAUCCCCCCGAACGCCAUGGUCAAGCCCAACGCCAACGACGCCCAGGUGCUGAUGUGGCGGCCAAAGAACGGAGACCCCGUCGUGGUCAUCCCGCCCAAAUACUGACCCGCUUCACUGACCACACUGGCCUUGAACGUACCUUAACAGUAUCAUCUCGCACUUCCUGUUAUGUUGUUCCUGCGCUCCACCAGCUCCUCUGUCACGUAUUUAUUUAUAAAAACCCCAGGCAACUUUAACGAGCUCGUGCAUUUUACAACGGGAGUGAACAAACUGCAACCAUUCUACCUUCAACCUGGGUCGGGUCUCACUGUGCUAAAAAUGGAAAACAGAGAAUUUGUUUUUUUUUAUUGGAAACUUUUAUAUACUGGCCACAUUAGGCCACGCGACGUGGGGCUUGUGAGUGUGGCUGAUUUCAAGUAUUGUCUAUGACCAUGUCUGCGCACAUACUACAUACAUGGGUCUGCAUAAAUGUUGUGUGUUUAUUUAUGACCAGGUGGGAGCAGCUGCAUUUGAUUUAGUUUGUUUGUUGGAUGACAUAUGAGUUUCUAGUCCUUUAAAAAAAAAAAAAAACAAUCAAGACAUGCAAGACAUUCAACCCAUGCUGCCUUAAGUUCCACUGCUUCCCACUGCAAACUUUCUAGCCUUAAACGAAGUGCAAUGCAGUAUUCUUGCUCAUUGGUCCCACGUCCUGCAGACUGUGGGUGGUGGCGCGCGUGGGUUCAGGACAGGAAUGAAACCACAGAAGAAGAAGAAGGCCUCACUCUCAACUCCGGUCGUUCCUCCAGCUGCGGCUGUAGUGUUCAGCAGCUACGACGCUCGGUCCGAGGGCCCCUUCUCCGCUUCCUUCCUCUUUCACCAUCAGCCGACAUUUAGUAACGACACAUUCUCACCGCUGUGUUUGACAAUCGCACACACAGUGUCACUGCCUUCCUUUAAAGCAGCAGCAUCCCUUCUUCCUGUAAUCGUACAACCAAAACCGGUCCCCCCUCCUCAGACUUGCGUUUCCAGUGCUGUCGGGGCUGGGAAGCGGAGCAGGAGGCAUGCGGUCUGCCUGCCUGGCAUAUAGAUGACCCACUUCUCCGCUCUGCCAGUUGUGGCAGAGACGCGAGGCCCGUCUCCCUUUAUUCCACUGCCAGCGAGCGCGAGGCGCGUAAACAAAGCGCUGCGCUCAGCUGAGGGCACCAUUAAAAGGGAUGAUGCCCGUUUUAAUUUUAAUCUGGAGGCGCGGGCAGAGGGAACCUGGAUUAGACAUCUGGGGCUGUUAUCGCUGCAGCGGCUGAAGCCAAGAACCACGUUUUAAAAGUUGUUAGUGGUCAUUUGUUUUUGUUUUUUUACAUAAUAAAUUGAGUCCCUGGAUUUUGGCUUCAUCCAAGGAGAUGGUUUGUAUUCAAGCGCGCUCCGCUUGUGUACUUCACAUCCCAAGGCAUAUUAUCGUCUCCCUACUAUUGACUGAAGCACCCGGGCAUAAAAUGGCUUCACACCACAUUUAAAUCCAUAUUGUUGCUGUUGUGAUUAAUUGGAGGGCUCGCGUUACCACAAUAGCCUCCGCUCGGGGGCCGAGGCGCCGGUUGGAGAGCGCUGUCAGAAUUAGAUCUGCAGUGACACACUUACGUGCCCUAGACGGCCUGAGCUGCGCCGAGCCGGGCCACGCGGUGCAGAGGCUGCCAGGAGCCACGGGUGGGGCUUAAACGGGGUCAAAUAGCAGAGGUCAGGGGGCGAACAGCUCGGGUCAGAGCCGUCACAGGCCUCGAACUGUGUGGCCGAGAGAGGAGGCGACAGCAAAGUGGAUCCAUGUAGGAAUCGAAACCAGCUUUAAAUAAUACUACAUUUUCACCACAACCUGGACGUCGGCCACGAGUUGUUUAAAAUUAGCCACUUGUUUGGAGGCCACCGGGGUUAAUAAAGCACAAGGCAGCUUUGGUGUCGUGGAAGGCCUCGUAACGUCUUCCAGUGACCUACAGCCAGCGUGGAACCUGCUCAAGCCCGGCUACGCGUAAUGUAAUUAAAGCUCGACACGCAACGUGUGUGUGAGAGCAUGCGUGCUAAAUCCCAUUGCUGGGAUCUGGACUGGAUGUGCUCUGGCUGUUGUCGAGUCAUGAUUCACUCUCUCUCUCUCUCUCUCACACACACACACACACACACACACACACACACACACACACACACACACACACACACACACACACACACACACACACACACACAGGAGGUUACGUCCUUGUCAUGAAGCAGGGACAGAGUCUGCCCUCACUAACGCAGACUCACACCCACCCCGGGGGGUCGAGGGGGGGUGGAGGUGGGGGGGGGGGGGCGUCCUGGCGCCGUAUCUGAUUGUUGCAGCCGUGUCACAUUGGCAGCGCCGACGAAUUCAUCAGCGACUGCACGUGGACCGUCGGAAACGUGUGCACGUUACAAAGCCAUACGAUCAAACACACCUGCUCACAACAAACAGGAACAAACAGGAAGUCUGUGUCAAUUGUUUGAUUCUAUAUGACCCUGGACCAUCAGCAGCGUUUUGCUAUAAGAAGGGCACUAACACUCUCAGCUGUGAGUCCAUAUUGUGCUCAUGAUGUGCAUUUUAUGUUCACAAGAACACUUCAUAGUCGCUAUAGAUGCUUCCUUUACUGAGCCACAGAAAAACUAAAGCCGACAUUUCGUUUGUUUGUUUGUUUAUAGAGGAAGAAAAGUGCCAAAAUUGGACUAAGCCAAUUUAGCAGGAUGUGGUUGAUGACUUGUGGAUUUGGCACACAACAAAAGACCUGCUUUGAGUUGUUCUGAUUAUUAAAUGCAUUUAGCAUUUUUUGCAUUAACAGACAAACACAGAAGCAAACUGUAGCCUGUGGGCCGUGUGUUCUCCUUGUUGGGCGGUGCCAAUUAAAGCCCCCUCUCCUAAACCCACACCAUCACAGUUCUUCUGAGGGCUGCUAACUGUCUCGUUUCAGAUGUUUGUGUUAUUAUUAUUAUUAUACAACCUUUUAUUUUGAAAACAUCCCAAGUUCACACUCAGGACCACCUGCCUUCAUUUCCUUUGGUUAUAUCCCAAUAAAAAUUAGUUUUGGGAAGAUUCAAUUAUCUUGCUCUUCUUAGUUCAGAACUUCAACCCCAGAUGUAGCAGACAAUAUAAUAUGAGUGACGACGUAUUUCCUCAUGUUAUGUUUGAUUUGUUUGUGAAAAUGCAGCACUGGAAAAGUUGAAAGCCGUAUUUGAUCACAUGUUCAGCUUUGACUUUUACAACAAUACUUGAAAAUGGAUCAUUUCUGGCAAAUAUUUUAAACUGUGAAAAUGCACAACACCGGGGAACCUACCCCUGGAAAAUAUAUAUAAAAAGGUUUUUCAUGAAUGAAUAAAAUACAAAAUAAAGUACAAAUAA